UUUACCGGCCGCUGAGAAGCAGAAGGAAUAAAACCAGCAUGCUGUUGUCAUGAUAUGCAGCAAAAGUUCACACUUUGUAGUUUUAAACACAGAAAAACGUCUAUAAAGAAACAUGGCCGGGAAUAUAAAAGAUAAAGAAGCAUAUCAACGCUUGAACUUCCUCUAUCAGGCUGCUCAUUGCGUUUUGGCUCAAAAUCCAGAGAACAUCGAACUGGCAAGAUUUUACUGCUUCACACAGAAGACCAUCUCCAAACGACUGGUGCUCAGACAAGAUCCAUCAGUAAAGAGAACCAUUUGCAAAAAAUGCUGCACUUUACUAAUACCAGGUGUCACAUCAACUGUACGACAAAAAAGAGGACCCAGGCGACAACGUAAGACUAUUGUGCGAUGUUUAAGCUGUGGACUGACCAAAAAAUUCCCAAACAACCCAAAACACAAACUGUGGGUGGAUCAACCUGAGGCUCAACUAGAAAACCAGACUUCACGAGAUGCUGGUCCUUCUUCACAGUCCACAACCCAAGAGAAAAAAAAUGAUAUUGGCUCAUUGUCCAAAAUAGCGAAGACUCAAACAAAUCUGACUAAACCUUCAUGACACUUUAGUAAACUGUACAUGCAUUGAUAUAACUAGAUAAAGUUAACUUUAAGGGGUGGUAUUUUUAUUUUAUUAUUGUUUGUUUUUGCAGUCUUUAGAUUUGCUCAAAAACAAAUUUUUAUUUUCAUAGAAAUAUUGAUGUGCAAUAUUGUUUUUCUUCGGCAUUGAGUGGAUUUUUUUGAAUUGCAAUAAAGUGGCUGAUUUACAUUGCUAA